AGUGCCGCCGGUUGCCGCUGGUUACCGUUGGCAUCUUUGUGCAAAGUGCACGUGUCUACAGAAAGCAUUAUUUUUUAAGAAAAGAUAUGUAAUAUUUGCUUGAAUUCCGUUUUAUGAUUAAACAAGUUAUGGACUAUCACGAAACAUUGCAUUGUUUAACAAGAACCGACAUAAUUAGUAAUGAUGAGGUUAAAAAUUUCGAUGUCAAAUUGCAACGAAAUUUGCAGAAAGCACUACAGACUUUAGCCGAAUGUGAUAAGAAAUUUAUACUGGAUCAUGAUCAUAACAAAGAAAAUGAGACCCCUGAUGUCAGAUACCAAUACAUACGCGCAAUUGUAUGUACAUUGAAAAAUUUAAAAACAUGUGAAGAAUCAAAUGACGAAUCAACAUUUAGUGUUAAUCAAUUUAAUGCCAUAAAAGUUGCCAUAGAAUUGUUAAUUGCAAUUGGAAUUAUACCAGUUCUUUUACCUGGGGUUGGAAUCAGUAUGACUAAAUUAUGUCCUAGAGCUCUGGAAUUAAGCGAAGAGAAAGUAACUGAUUUGCAAAAAUACAAAAGACAAACAUUUACAGUAUUGUCUCUUAUGGAUUUAUACAAUGAAACUAUAUUUCGUCCAGCAAUAAUUAAUCAACUAGGUCCAUUACUAGCUGCACUUUUACAAUUAGGACAUGCUCCAUUAAUCAAACCAAAUAAUACAAGUGAAAAUGACAGUGCAUUUAAAAUGACAACAGAUUUAUAUGGAAAAUUAAAAAAUGACCAGGAACAGUUUGUUUGUUUAUUGCAUCAGUUAUUAAAUAAUUGUCCAAUGUCUGCGAGUAUGAAAGAAUUGAUGGUAAUUCUUGGUAUUAAAGGAGCGCCGAAGUGGCUUCAAAGAGAAACCCGUAAAUUUUUAAUCCAACAGUUAAUGCGAUCAAAUGGAAUUAUUUCAAUCAUAAUUGCUGUUUGUGAAGAUACUUUGGAUCUUGGAGAACAUUGGAAUAAACUGGAUACUGUUACGAGGUUAAUAGCUACAUCGCAUGGCAACAAUCCUGAUGAAUAUUACAAAGCUAUAUGUCCACAAGUAUUAGAUCUCUUAUCAUGCAGACAGAUAAAACACUCGUCAACGAUAGCAAAUGGCUGCAUUGUCGCGCUUUAUGAAUACAAUCCCGAAGUUUGUCUUAAACAUAUUACAGAAAAAAUAUGUGACCCUUUGCUUUUGUAUUUAAGAGACAAGCCAGGUGUGAUUAAAAAUGAAAACGAAGUGGAGAAAUGCAUAGAAAAUUUGACAAAAUGUUUCAUAACAGUAGAAGCAAAAUUUAAACAUUUACCUUGCGAGGUCUUUACGAAAACGGCAGUUCCAUUGUUUUGCUUGUACAAAAAUGUUAGGCUUAGCGCAUGUGUGUUGAAACCUAAAAUCAAGCAGCUCAUAUUGAGGCUCUUGCAUGACGAAUCAUUGAGGAACAAGCUGUUUGCAGCGUUCCUUGGACAUGAAAUAAGUGAAAAUUUUGGUCAUUAUUUGCUAUCAAAAUUCGGACCGACCGGUGGAAUUGAAAUUACUGGAAUAGACGAUACUUUUAAUUAUGAGCAGUUUGCAGACAGUCUGUUCGACUUAACAUCAAGUACCAAUGCAUUAUCGACCGCUUUAUUUUCUUAUUUACUACAAUUUUUAUCAAAUUCAAUAAAAUCAGAUAACAAAGAAGAAACUCGAAACUUAUUAGAAACUGAAAGCGAAGUGAUGGAAAGAAUUGAAAAACGGUUAGCGACCGUAAAACUUUUGUCAAAUUUAGCUAAUAUAUCGUCUGUACAAGACGCGCAAAUAGAACACCCUGAGCCAAUAUUUUCGUUCGUAAAAUCAUUAUUUGACGAAUACAUUACAAAAACGCAAAUGUCGUCUGAAGAAGAUGACUGUGAAAUUCUUUAUGUCAGUUUAAUGCUAAUCAAAAUGAUUUUGAGCGAAAGAAAGAAGCCUUUAAAUUGGCCAGCGUUUAAUGAUUUUGUAAUAUUUCUGAAGGAACGUUGCACUCGUUCAGAAAUUCCAGAACAAUUACUGCUCUUAAUGAGGGAACUUAUUGAUCUCAUUGAAACACAAGAUCGAUCAGAACGGAAACAUUAUAGAGAUCUGUCGGUGGAUCAUAGGGUGUCUACAAAGUUUGAAGAAGCACUUAAAGAUCUUGCGGAUCCAUUGCUACCUGUACGCGCUCAUGGUCUUAUAGUUCUUACAAAGUUAAUAGAAAAUAUGGAUCCAUACGGUACAGCCAGAAAAUCUAUUAUCCUGCAAAUAUUUAAAGAAAAUUUGAAACACGAAGACUCGUUUAUAUACUUGACAGCAAUCAACGGAUUGUGCGCUUUAGCCACUUCAUAUCCACAAGUAGUUAUAGAAACAUUGGUACAUGAGUAUAUAGACAUGCCACAACGCGUAUCAAUUGGAGAUAUUACUGUAGAAACGAGAGCCAAACUUGGUGAAAUACUUGUCAAAGUAACACGAAGUUUAGGUGAAAUCGCAGCUGCAUACAAAAAUAUUUUAGUGAACGGAUUUCUCUGUGCCACACGAGAUUCAGAUUCAUUGGUGCGUGCUUCUAGUCUUUCGUGUUUAGGUGAAUUGUGUAAGGUACUGGGCUUUCGACUGGGAGAUAUCCUUAUCGAGGUAAUUUAUUGUAUCAGCUGCAUAAUAAAAACCGACAAAGCUCCUGAAUGCCGACGAGCUGCGGUUAUGGUGAGUACGUUGCUGCUUCGCGGUCUUGGAAAGGACACAUUAACUAGUCUUGGAAAAGAUUUAGUUGAUCUAUAUCGUGGCUUGAAAUACUUACGGGAUAAUGACGAGGAUCCAGUGCUGUGCCUGCACGCUCAGCAGUCUCUCGAAGAAUUAGAUCAAAUUGUACGAGAUUUCCUGUUUUCGCCGCCAAAACUCGAAAAACGUAUAUUUCUAUUGGAUGGUUCAUAA